AUGCAGCAAAUGCCGUAUCCCAGAGGGAAUAACUCCAUGGCCUCCGCUUACACUUCGACGCGCUCGUCUUCCUCCUACCGUCCGCGCCGCGCCCUCAAGACCUACGGCCCUCCGUUCCUCGGCAUCGUCGCUUGCCUCUGGUUCCUUUUGUGGCUGUUCGGCGGCAGCUCCUCCUCCUCUUCCUCGUCUUCCUCAAUAGGCAGAGCACCACCGGGCACCCCCGAAGUCGUCGUCGUCACGACGCUCGACCCGAAGCUCUCCGCCAAAUACAAGGAGAACAUCAAAGAGAACAGACGGCACUAUGCUUCGCGACAUGGCUAUGCGACCUUCUUCCCCAACACCACCGAUUACGACCUCAUGCCCAAGACCCCGCAGAGCUGGAGCACCGUCCCCGCCAUGAGGCACGCAAUGACCGUGUAUCCGCACACGCCCUGGAUCUGGUACCUCACCUCCACCGCCCUCAUCAUGAAUGCCGGGCAGAGCCUGCACGAGAAGCUCCUCCAUCCGCGAACGUUGGAGUCCCUCAUGAUCACCGAUAAGCCCGUGGUGCCGCCCGACAGCGUCAUCAAGACAUUCGGAAACCUGCGCGGAGAGCGCGUGGACCUGGUCGUCUCGCAGGACAAGGAAGGGUUGGCGGGAGGCAGUCUGAUGAUCAGAUCCGGAGAAUGGGCCAAGUUCUUCUUGGACGCGUGGUAUGACCCGCUGUACAGGAGCUAUAAUUUUCAGAGAGCAGAGGGACAUGCGCUGGAACACAUUGUGCAGUGGCACGGCACGGUUCUGGCCAAGCUGGCUUUGGUUCCCCAGAGGAUAUUGAACAGCUACACGAGGGAGAAAGGUGGGGAUGCUACAGAAGGUAAUCCAGCCCACUGGGUAAAAACUGACAAUCAUGUGCUGACAAAGAUCUUCGUAGGUCUGUAUCAGGAAGGGGAUUUCAUUGCAAACUUCCACGGCUGCCAACGAGACGCAACACGGGAUUGCGAGGAGGAGAUGAGGCCUCUCAUGUCCCGCUGGAGGGAGCUACGAGACCAGGAGAGAAAGCGAAAGUAG